GACCCAGCUGGAGCAGCUGCAGGCUGCGCACGACACGCUCUACGACCAGCUGGCCAGCACCGAGAAACAGCUGCUGCUAAGCAACAACAAGUUCUCCGGCUACGACGAGUCGGUGGCCGAGCUGCGCCGCUGGCUGGAGGAGGCGCGCGGCCGCGUGCCGGAGGAGCUGGAGCUCAAGGCCACGCUCGACGACAAAUGCGACCAGCUGCAGACCUACCGUAUGCUGCUGCACGACCUCGUGUCCCACCGGCAGGUGCUCGCUACCUGCCGGGAGAAGGGCGGUCAGCUGCCCGACCGGACAGACGAGGCCAGCCGAUUGCUGGACGGUCUCGACCAGCAGCACCAGCAGAUGCUCGACACGGUCCAGACCCAGGUGGAGCGGUACGAGGGCAUCGUGGCGGACCACCAGCAGUACACCAGGGCCGUGCUGGACGCCCAGGAGUUCCUGGAGUCGACCCACUCGGCCAUCGAGAUGUGGGGUCGACCGCACGGCGAACUAGUCACCAUCCGGGCCAACCUCGACAAGCUGAAGACGCUGAAGGCCGGCCUGCUGGACGAGGCGGCCAGGGUGACCCAGGUGCAGACCGUGGGCGAGAAGGUGAUCCCCAACACCAGCCCGCUCGGCCAGCAGAACGUGCGCGCCCAGAUCGAGAGCACCGAGCAGGAGUGGCAGGGUCUCAUCUCGUCAGCGGAGGGCGGCCGAGGGCUGGACGCCGCCAUCGCCGGCCUGCAGCGAGUGCUGGACCAGUGGAGCCGGUUCGAGCAGAUGAAGGACUCGUGGGCCGCUUGGCUCAAGGAGACGGACAGCAAGCUGCACGCCGUCACCCUCAAGGACACCCUGCAGCAGAAGAAGGACCAAUUGGAGGAGCUGCAGAGCAUCCAGGGCGAGGUGCGUGCACGCGAGCUGGAGAUCGACGCGCUGACAGACCGCGCCCACGAGCUGAGCUCGUCCUGCACGGGCGGCCGCCAGUCCCAGCACGACCAGAUCAUCGCCAAGUACCAGCAGGUGUCCCAGACGGUCCAGGAGCUAGUGAGCUGCUGGCAACAGUAUGUGGCCAGCCACAGCGACUACAGCCGACAGCUGGACGAGACGACGGCGUGGCUGCGCGACGUCGGCUCCAAGCUCGACUACUGCUCCGACCUGUCGGCCGCCUCUCAGAAGGAGCUCGAGGCCAAGCUAGCCACCGUCAAGGAUCUGCUGCUGUACAAGGACGAGGGCUUUAAGCGGGUGCACGCCGCGGUGGACCUGGGCCACCAAGUGCUUCGCAACACCGAACCCACCGGCCACCCGGCCGUCAGUCAGCAGCUGACGGCGCUGCACGACAGUUGGGGCUCGAUGGCCACCCGCAUGGCCGAGACCAAGAGCAACCUGGACGAGGCGAUCCAGCGCUGGGCCGGCUUUUUGGAGGAGAUCCAGCGCCUGAAGCGCACCGUCGACCAGACGAGCGCCGUGCUGCAGGAGGCGGCACACUUCCAGACCACCAUGUCGGAGAAACGCGCCCAGCUGGACCGCUUGAAGACGCUGGAGGAGAGCCUGCGCUGUGAGAAGUACGAGGUGGACAGCCUGAAGGCCAAGGCGGCCGAGAUGCUGGCCUCUGGCCACCAGACGCAGGCGGCGGCGCAGGCGCAGCAGAUCCUCAACCAGUACGGCCAGAUGGCCGACCGAACCAAGCUGUUGCGCCGCGAGCGGGAGGAGCAAUACAAGCACCACCGCAGCUGGAAGCAGGCGCUGGACGAGUUCCAGGCGUGGAUGUCGGGUGUGCGGGAGAAGGUGCCGGCCGUGCGCCAGAGGUCGUUCGGUGACCGCUCGGCCAUCGAGAGUGUAGUCGCCGCGCUGGAUAGCAUCCUGUGCAAGCAGCCGGCCGGCCAGCUGACCCUGGAGCACCUGGUGCACACGGGCGACGUCAUGCUGGCCUCCACCUCGGAGCAGGGCCAACUCGAGGUCCGUCAGGACGUGGCCGCCGCCCAGCAGCAGUUUGAGGAGUUCUUCAACGAUAUCCGGCAACAGAAGCGUAAUUUAGAGACGAUCGAGAGCCAGCUGAAGGCCUACAAGGACGAGUACGAGCGACUCAGCGACUGGCUGCAGGCCGCUGACGUCCAGGUCAAACAGCACAAGACGGUGUUCGUCGCCACGCUCGAGGAGAAGCAGCGACUCGUCAAGAAGAUCAAGGACGUGUGCAAGGGCCUGGAGUCUGGCGCCGACGACAUCGACCGGCUGCAGACCAGCGCCGCCGGUCUGCUCGCCUCCCACCUGGAGGGCUACAUCAGCCAGCAGAUGCGACACCUUGCCUCGCGCCACCAGGUGCAGGUGAACCUGGCGCGCGACGUCGAACGCAAGCUGGAGGCGGUGGCCGACCAGCACUCCCAGUUCGAGGCCGGCCUGGCGCGCGCCGCCGCCUGGAUGGAGGAGGCACGCGCUGUCAUUCGCGGCCGCUCCGGCUCCGGCUCCGGCUCCGGCUCCGGCUCCGGCUCCGGCUCCGGCUCGGAUGGCGAGCCGGACGCGGGCCGGACGGCUGUCGAGCAACACCUGAAGGCGGUCCAGGAGCUGGUCCGCAACCAGGACGAGGGCCAGCUGCUGGUGCAUCAGGCGGCCAGCCUGGGCGAGAAGGUGCUGCGCAACACGCACUCCUCCGGCCGUGAUGACGUCAAGCAGGCCAUGAAGGACAUCCAGAACGACUGGGACCGCUUCAUCAAGAAGCUCGCCAACGCCAAGGUCCAGCUGGAGACGAGCCUGCUGCAGUGGUCGGACGCGGGCUCGACAUACGCGCGGCUACAGCGCUGGAUCUCGGACCGCGAGGCUCGCCUGCAGCAGGUGCUGGAGCGCCGGCCGGCCGCCCAGAAGGACCAGCUGGCCAGCCUUGGCGACAAAAAGGUCGCCCUGCGACGCACCAACAGCAUCAUGCAGGACAUCGUCUCGUUCCAACCGAUGAUCGCGUCGGUGACAGCCGGCUCGACGGAGGGCGCGCGCGGCCGCCGCCACCACGCCGCCGAGAUCAGCACCAAGUACGAGACGCUCAGUCGCCAGGCGCGUGAGGCGUACGAGCGGCAGAAGGCGCUGGUCGAGCAGCACGGCGCCUUCAUCGACGCCGCCGGCGAGUUCAUCAGCUGGCUGCAGACGGCCCGCGAGCGGCGCGCCAAGUGCGCCGAGCCCACCGGGCACCGCGACCUGCUGGAGGCUGACCUGGCCGAGGGGCAGACGUUGCUGGAGACGGCGCUUCAGCUGGCAGAGGCCGCCUGCCAGGUGGCGGAAGAUGACGAUGACCGCGAGGUCAUCGAAGAGCAGGUGGCCAAGCUGCAAGCGCAGAUGGACGACUACAAGGAGACAGUGGCGUCCACGCGCGACCUGCUUGAGACGGGCGUGGUCAAAUGGAACCAGUACGAGGAUCGUCUGGCGCAGUGUCAGGCCUGGAUCAGCGACAAGGAGCGUGAAGUGCAGGCCUACAGCGGCCUGCACGGCGGCCUGCAGGAGAAACAGACGGCAGUUGAGGCCUUCCAGACGCUGCUGUCGGACAUGUACGAGUGGCAGGGCACGCUGGACGAGCUUAACGUCACGGCCACCCUGCUGCUGGACAACUGCGCCGACGCGCGUAUCGCCAACUCGGUGGCCCAGCUGACCACCAAAUAUAACGCACUGCAAGCGCUUGCCAAGGACGUGUUCCGGCGGCUGGAGGUGGCCCAUCUGGAGCACAAGCAGCAUUCGGCGCUCUGUCACGAGAUCGACGAGUGGAUGGAGAAGACGCGCGAGAAGCUGGCGGAGACGGCGCCGCUUUCUAAUCGACACUCGGAGCUGCUGACCAAGCUGCAGACGGUGCAGAGUCUACGGGCUUCGGUAGAGCAGGGCCAGAAGAAGCUCAGGUACGCGCUGGAGCUGAAGGAGCGCGUCAUCAUGAACACGGCCGAGGCGGGCGUGGCCAAGAUCCAGGAGGACGCCACCACGCUGCGAGACGAGUUCGACAGGCUCAUCAGCGACAUCAUGGAGGCGGAAGACGGAGCUGCUGCACUUGCUGCCGGUGCGUUGUCGCCUUACGAGGAUGUCUGUUUCGUCUCUGAUUGA